AUGGCCCUCCCACAGAAGCUUGUCUUUGUCUUGUGCCUGAUAGGGCUAGUCUUCAGUCAAGACAUGGCUAAUGAGGAGCUAAUGGUUCAGAUCCAAGCCUGCCCUAAAGAAUGCAGCUGCCCACAAAACUUUCCUCGUGCUGUCUACUGUGACAACAGAGGCCUGAAGAGCAUCCCCAAAAUCCCUCCUUACACGUGGUACCUCUAUCUGCAGAACAAUUUGAUUGAAACCCUGCCACUAGAUGCGCUGAAGAAUGCAACGCAGCUACGCUGGGUGAACUUAAACCGUAACAAAAUCACAGACAAAGGAAUAGAAGGUUUCCUGAGUGCAAUGACACACCUCGCACACCUGUACAUGGAUGACAACCUCCUGUCUUCUGUGCCAUCUCCCCUACCAGCCAGUCUUGAACAUCUGCGUCUCUCUCGCAAUCGCAUCUCCAAGAUCCCUGCUGGUGUAUUUGUUGGUCUGGAAAAGCUCAACCUCCUGGACCUCCAAGGGAAUAAGCUGAUGGAUGAUGCUGUGACUGAAGUGAGCCUAAAGGGUCUCAACAACUUGGUACAGAUCAACCUAGCCAAGAACCAGCUGAGUCGCAUGCCCCUUGGUUUACCACCCACCACCACUCAGCUUUUCCUUGAUGGCAAUAACAUUGAGAAGAUCCCAGCUGACUACUUCAAAGGUUUGCCCAAAAUGGCAUUUCUGAGGCUCAACAACAACAAGCUUGGCAGCAGUGGGGUUCCCAGAGAUGUCUUUAAUAUCUCCAGCAUUCUAGACUUGCAGCUGUCCCACAAUCAGCUAACUGAGAUUCCCAUCAUUCCCUCGGGCCUUGAACACCUUUACCUCGAUCACAACAAGAUCACAAGUGUGAAUGGCUCCAAAAUGUGUCCCGUCUCCGUCGACUCUCUGGACAACUCACAGAAUGAAAGCGUGCCUCGACUGCGUUUCCUCCGAUUGGAUGGCAAUGAGAUCAAUCCACCAAUUCCCAGGGAUGUCAUCAUGUGUUUCCGCCUCCUUAGGUCUAUUGUUAUCUAA